CCCCAAGGCUGGGUCGGAAGGGCCGCGGUGCUCCCGCGGAGGGCUCCGAACCCCGCUCCGGCGGGAGGGAUGCACCGGGAGCAGCGGGCACCGGGACACGGGCGGGAAUGGGAAUGGCCUGCGGGGAGCCGGUUCGGAAUGCGGAGGGAAGGCUCUGGCAGUGGGUGAGCAGAAACACAUCUGGAGUGCCACAAAGUCCUAAGCUCUUUCAGCGUCUUCUCUGUAUGGGAUCUGUUAAUAACUCUGCUGUUGUAUUUGUGGUGUUUGUAACAUCUUGGAUGCUGUCGUUGCCAUUAGUGAAGCAGUGUUAAUAUCCGCAGCUUGCUCAGGCUGCUGAGUUUUGCGCAUCUGCUGCCUUGGGAGCAACAUUUGGGUGACCUUUUGUGUAACAGAUGAAGGGUCAUGGACGCAAACCUUUGUUUUUUCACUGUCAGAUCAGCCUUAGCUUCCCAAACCCUUGCAACAUACUUGAGCUUUAGUUUCUUUUUGUGUAAAGCCGACUCGGUAAAGUUCUUUUUGGAUAUUUUUUCCGCCUUAAUACAUCGUUACUGGUAGUGUAGCUAAGGGUUGGGAGAAGAUACGAGGAGUGUAAGAGGCACUGCACACUGCUGGUUCUUCUGAGCUGGAAGAUUGAGUCUUUGUGUGUAAUCCAAGAGAAACAACUGCCAACCACUGCCACGUUUUCAUCUGUUGGUAAACAUCAGCGGCUGGUUGGCCUUGAGGGAGGAAGACUGAAUUAGUUCCAGAUGGAGAACUCUUUCAGCCCAUUUAGACUUUCCAGUUGAUUUAAGCCAGCAGGCAGAAAACAUGGAACAGCCCACAUGAGGAAGCAUGUGGAGUUUGUAUUCAUGCAAGAUGUUUUUUGGAGGAUCAAGCCCAGUUUUCCAGGCCCCUGGGAGAUGAAACAUUAAUCACAUGACAUUUUUGUUUCAACAAAAGCUGUGUCAGUGUUGCUUUGUGUGAAGGACAAAUAUUCAUUUCUUCACCUCACCAUGUCGGCUGUGACAAGUGCCCCAACACCGGAGGCCCCGAGUCCAACCCCGCUGAAGGAGAAGCCAAAGGGAAAAUCCCUGUUCCAGCUGGGCUCACUCUUUGCUAACAGGAGUGAGAAGUUUGUGAUUGCUCGUAGUGACAGCUUGCCAGAGGAGAAUGUCCUGAAAAUCACAAUCACAGAGACCACGGUCAUUGAGUCCGACCUGGGCAUCUGGAAUUCCCACGCUCUCAUCUACCUCACUUUGUGGUUUUUCUUCAGCUUUUGCACUCUGUUCCUUAACAAAUACAUUCUGUCCUUGCUGGAGGGAGAGCCCAGCAUGCUAGGUGCUGUUCAAAUGCUUUCAACCACCUUCAUUGGCUGCAUCAAAAUGUUUGUCCCGUGCUGUCUGUACCAGCACAAAACCCGCAUCUCCUACCCCCCUAACUUCAUCAUGAUAAUGCUCUUUGUUGGAUUAAUGAGAUUUGCAACAGUGGUCCUGGGCCUGGUCAGCUUGAAGAAUGUGGCAGUUUCAUUUGCAGAAACUGUGAAAAGCUCUGCUCCUAUUUUCACUGUCAUCAUGUCUCGGAUGAUAUUGGGGGAAUACACUGGGUUGCUGGUGAAUCUCUCCCUGAUCCCUGUGAUGGGAGGGCUGGCUCUGUGCACAGCCACUGAAAUCAGCUUCAACAUCCUGGGCUUCUCAGCAGCUCUCUCCACCAACAUCAUGGACUGUUUGCAAAACGUCUUUUCCAAAAAACUGCUCAGUGGAGAUAAAUACAGAUUUUCAGCCCCAGAGCUUCAGUUCUACACAAGUGCUGCUGCUGUGGUUAUGCUUAUUCCAGCUUGGAUAUUUUUCAUGGAUGUGCCUGUGAUUGGGAAAAGUGGGAGGAGCUUCAGCUACAACCAGGAUAUUGUCUUUCUCCUCCUGAUAGAUGGAGUCCUGUUCCACCUGCAGAGUGUCACAGCCUAUGCCUUGAUGGGGAAAAUUUCUCCUGUGACUUUCAGCGUUGCCAGCACUGUCAAACACGCCCUGUCCAUCUGGCUCAGCAUCAUCGUGUUUGGGAACAAGAUCACCAGCCUGUCAGCUGUUGGCACUGUCCUGGUCACCGUGGGGGUCCUGCUCUACAACAAAGCCAAGCAGCACCAGCAGGAGACCCUGCACAGCCUGGCCAUGGCCCCACAGCCCCCGCCAGGGCCCACCGAGGACACCGAGCCGCUGAUCCCCAAGGAUUUGGAACCCUAUGAUUAAUGUGGUUUAUCCUUCCAACCGAGUGUGGCUCCAAGGAAAUCUGGAUGUGUUGUUCCUUUGAGUUCCUCGCAGGUUGAGCCCAGGACUUGAAGCAGGAAGGACCUGGGAAGGAUCCAGGAAAGCUUUGGGAAAGAGGACCUGGAAUGUGGUAAACGUGGGCUUUGUUGUCUUUCCUUGACUGCAAAUCGUGUACGAGCCUGUGUUGGUGAAAGAACUUCAGUGUCUUGUGGGAAAACAAUUCCUGUCUCCCUCCCCAUCCAAAAAAUGUGAAAACGUGGCUCCACCGCUGUAUUCUGCUGGCAGAGGGAUGGAAUUGGUGCAUCAUGGAAAUUCCUGGUUGUUGCUCUCCAUUUCCUGCAUCUUCCAUCAUUCCUGUGUGGUGUAGAGCUGGAAGAGGUCCAAGGAGGGGAUUGUCCCACUCUGCUCGAGCCCUGAGGGCCUUUUGGGCCCCAAAACCUGCCAGAGCUCCAGGAGUAUUUGGCCAACACAAGAUGGGAUUUUGGAACAUCUGUGCAGGGCAGGAGUUGGACUGGAUGAUCCUCGUGGGUCCCCUCCCACUCAGGAUAUUCCAUAAUCCUAAAAGAGAGACCCCCCCUUCUCUCCCAGAAAACAACUUUAUAGGUUUGGCUGAAGCAAACUAUGGGAAAUGAGCAGUGGUGAGCACCCACUGCUGACUGCAAAUCUAAGAUUUGUAGGGGUUUUCCUCCUAAAAUUUAACGUGGAAAUAUCGCAUUCCGAUCGUGUAUGUGACAAAACUGAGAUGCAAAUAUUCACACACACAUACCCUGUGUAAAUGGAGUGCUGAGUUAAAAAUACUUGUAGUUGCUUAGAGGUAAAAAAACACUGAAAAUUGUGGUGACAAAGGAAGCAGGAUCUCUGUAUUUCUGUAAAGAAACCGUUUUGUUGUUUUAAUUUCAUUUUAUUACGCAUUUCUGGUAGGAGGAAAUAAAUUUGUGGUGGUUUUUUAUAUUACUUCUAAGAGUGCAACAAAAGGCUGCCUUUUAGAAACUCAGGGUUAUGAGUCUGACCUGUGUGUAAAAUAUCUGUCUAAUUUCUGAUUGUGUGAAGAAUCUCAGAGGUAUCUGUGACAGAUGGAAGGGAGGAAUAUUAACCAUAAACUGAGGCAAAUCUUUAUUUCUGCAGCUCUUAAGUUUCCUUUUUUUAAAGGAAAUUUGGUUUUGUGGUAGAUCAAAGAUUAAAAGUUCACUUUCCUCUUCAAAAUUCUGAAGAACAGCCAUUAGUUUUGGCAAAAAAAAUUUUAAAAGCGCACAUGUAGCUACAAAAAACAUUCAAAUGGACUUUUUGGGAACAAAGCUAAGUUAAAAUGAGUGGAUUUUAAUAAUUGCCACUCUUCUGGAAGGUUGUAGCAUGGAUAUAGAGUGGUCUUUAUGGUAAAAAUAAUGGCUAACAGGAAGUUACCAGUAGAAUUCCUGUAAAAUUUAGGCUCAUGGUUACAUUUCCACACCUGAGUGGCUGCCUGGGGCAGAUUCCCCAAAGAUCUGAGGGAGGGAAAUGCCAAUUUUUUUCAUCCUUGUGUAUGUGAUCUGUCUGUGGUAUUUUGUUUCUUUUGUACUCCUGUCACUUUUAUAAAAGCUGUGGACUAUGGCGUGGA